GGCCCCAUCAUGCUAUUUCUAUCACGUUUUCCGCUUACGGACGUUAUAUGGCAGUGCCCAUUCCAGUUAGAGUAUAGUUCAAUGAUAUACACGCAUAGCCGUAGUGGAAGAGAUAGCAUGAGGUUUGUUCGAGUUGCUUGAAAUCCCCAAAAAUUUUUGCACUCGAGAUGAGAUAAAUAUAUAUUCGACCGUGAGAAAGAGAGAGACGACGAAGAAAUUAAUUCAAAAAGGGCAGCAACACGAACAGGCCUAUGGUGUGUGCAGUUCGGCUAAACCACACUCACUUUUGCUCUACAAGGGCUACAAUUGUAACCAGACAGCCAACUGUGAAAAGUAAAAUUAUUUAGUGUCAGCCUAUUGGUAUGCUGGAUCUACCUUCUUUGUUUCACACAUGUUAGUUUCUCUUUCUAUCCUUGUAUGUAUAUUUUUAUGGCUCGAUUUACAUACGUCAGGGGCCCUAUUCUUGAACAUAUAUCGCAUACGAAAAUGGCAGUUUCGUAUACGACUUUUAACAGUUGGUAUUCAUGAAUGAUUACUACGCGGUCGUAUUCGAAAAAUAUCAUGCGAUUUACAUCGUAUGGGUCAUGGCAUUCGAAAUAAAGAUUCGUAUGCGAUAAAUAACCAAAAUUUUAUAUAACAGUAAAAAUUUCAUAUAACAAUGGCGGUUUUAAAAAGGUUAAUUAAUUUUAAUGUAAUAAAUGUUUUGGAAAAUGCAAACAUUGUGUUUGAAAAUAGAGAAAGAUUUCAACGUAAUGAUCCAUUUGAAUUAAAUAAUUUGGAGUUUAUGAGAUUAUUUCGUUUAAGUAAAGAUAUGGUACAAAGGGUAAUUGACAUAGUAGAGGAAUAUAGUGAUCCAAUUUCAAGAAGAUCAGCAUUAGAUGCGGAACAAAAGGUAUUUACUGCUCUUAGAUUUUAUGCAGUUGGAAGUUAUCAGUUAGGUAUUGGAUGCAAUGGAUAUAUUGGAGUUAGUCAAUCCUCUGUGAGUCGUUGUAUUCGAGAUGUAAACAUAGUACUCAAUCACCCCAAUGUGUUUAACGAAUGGGUUUAUUUUCCGAGGAAUUUAGAAGAGCUUACGACCAUACGUAAUGCAUUUUACACAGAAUAUGGAUUCCCAGGUGUCAUAGGAUGUAUAGACUGUACUCAUGUGGCUAUAUUUCCACCAUCAAAGAACAAUGAAAUGUAUCCAGAACAUGUAUAUGUAAAUCGAAAAGGAUACCAUUCCAUAAAUACACAGUUAAUUUGUGAUUCAAGAAUGAAAAUUUUAAAUGUUAAUGCUCGAUAUCCUGGAAGUUGUCAUGAUAGUUUUAUCUGGAAUCAUUGCAAUGUUUUGCCAGUGAUGCAAACUUUACAUGCACGAGGGCAUGAUAAUUUUUAUUUGAUAGGUGAUUCAAGUUACGCGCUAAGACCAUGGCUUCUAACUCCACUGAAUGAUGUUCAACCGGCUACUCCAGAAGAACGUUAUAAUCAAUGUUUUAAAAGAACACGCUCAAUUAUUGAAAGAUGCAAAGGAUUAUUAAAAAUGCGCUUUCGUUGCUUGUUGAAGCACCGUGUACUUCAUUAUACUCCAAACGUGGCUUCUAAAAUUAUAAAUUCAUGUGUAGUUCUGCACAAUAUGUGUGUAGAAAAUAAUUUACCUCUUCCAGAUGAUGAUUAUGAUUUACAUAUGGAUUUUGGUAUGUUGAAUGAGAGAUCAAUGGAAGUUGAAGCUGCUGUAGGGCGUUUAAAUUCUGAUCUUACAAAAGCAAGAGUAAUGCAACGCCGUAUAAUUAGAAACUUUUUCUUAAAUUAAAUAUAAAUCUAUCAAUAAUGCAAUAAUUAUAUAACAUUUUGUUUAAUUUUAUUUUGCUUAUAAUAAUAUUUUGUACACACAUAUAAUGAACACAUAACACAUAAUACAUUUAAUAUUGCACUAUGUAUUAACAACUUAUGUAUUAACAAUUAUCAGUUAUGUGCAGCUUUGGCACAGCAAUUUUGAUCAGUUUAAAAUAAAAAAUAAACAUUAAAAAAAAUAA